GGACGAUUGCAUGGAAACGGUACCAAAUUUCCGCAACGGCUGUUUUAUUCGGUGACAAUGACAUCGAGCAUCACCACAACCACCACCGGGCUAGAGGUGCCACCGCUCGAGCUCAGCUUCGACACACCGAACCGGGAGCGAUUUAUGCGCAGCGACUUUCGUACCAACCGCAACACGUACGCGAUCCUGGGCCGCGGUAGUUACGGUGUCGUCAUCAAAGCAUCCUACCGGAACCGCCCGGUCGCGGUGAAGAUCCUGGAAAAGCCCGCCCACCGGCAGCGCUACGAUUCGCUGCUGAACGAAGCGAACGCACUGAACCUGCGCCACGACAACAUCGUAACGGUGCUGAAGAUUGUGGCCGGCAGUCGGUACGGGUUGGUCCUGAUGGAGCGGUUCGAUGGUCACUCCCUGCAGCGAAUUCUCAGCCACCAACGCAAGCACCCGAUCGCGGUUCAACACAAACUGCUCAUGCUGUGCGACAUUAUCAACGGCUUGUAUUUCUGCCAUCGGCACAAAAUCCUGCACCUCGACGUGAAGCCCCAGAACGUGAUCGUAACCCUGCACGCCGGUGGCACUCCCGCGGUGGAAGAACCCGGCUCCGUAGCCUGCCUGCGACUACGCAACUACCUCUGCAAGCUGUGCGAUUUCGGUUCAUCGAUGCGGCUCACACCGUGGCAGCGAAGCGAAACCCUAGUCAACCGUGGCACGAUCCGGUACAUGGCCCCCGAGCUGCUCCGUGGCCAGCAGCGCACCAGCGACGGGAUCAGCGAUCGGGCCGACAUCUACUCGUUCGGUGUGACGGUGUGGCAGCUCGACGAGGAACGCUUCCCGUACGACGAGAUCACCUGCAACGAGGUGAUCGUGUACAAUGUCGUGAAGAAGGGCUUGCGGCCGGAUAGUGCGGGUGCGGGUGUUGGGCCGCCAUUUUGUCCGCGUGUACCCAAUCUGCCGGUGCUGAGGGACAUCGGGUGUUUGCAUGGGAGUUUGCGCGCGUCGAUUGGCUUCUCCGGUGGUGGUACGUGGCCGCUGCGCUUUGAAUCCGACGCUAUAAACGAUGUGCUCAAGCGGCAGGGCAUUGCCGUGGAGUAUCAACGGGCGUGCGGGAAGGGUGUGAAGAAACCUCCGGUGGGUGUUUGCUGGCCGGAAGGACAAUCGGGCGAGCUUACUGCUGGGUUGCUUGGUGUGCUGUUUAGCGAUCGGUUCGUGCUGUCGGAUCGCGAGCAUUUUCAGCUGAAGCAAACGCUGCGAUCGCUUUACCGGAAGUGUUGGGUGAGUGAGCCAAUGGAUCGACCGGAUGCGGCCACGGUUCGGGACACCAUUCAUCAGGCGUUGCAGGACAUCAUGCAGUAUAAGUGCGUGAAUUAG